CAACAGCAAAACACCGACUACAGAAGGGAAAUCCAUGGCCUCUGCCGCGCUCUUCGUCCUCCUCGCCCUGGCCACCAUGAAGCCCCAGACCGCAUCGUCCGAGAAGGAGACGCACCUCAAGGUGUACUGGCACGACGUGGUGAGCGGACCGGACCCAUCAUCAGUGCCCGUGGCACGCGCGGCCACGACCAACACCUCCAAGACAGCCUUCGGCGUCGUCAUGGUCAUGGACAACUCACUCACCGAGGGGCCCAGCAUCAACUCAUCCAGGCUCAUGGGCCGCGCCCAGGGCACCUACAUCGCCGCCGGCAAGGACCAGCUCGCGCUGCUCAUGCUCAUGAACUUCGUCUUCACCGCCGGCAAGUACAAUGGCAGCAGCGUCGCCAUUAUGGGUCGCAACGCCGUGUUCACCGAGGUUCGUGAGAUGGCUGUCGUCGGCGGUACCGGCGUUUUCAGGUGGGCUCGAGGGUACGCACAGGCCAGGACGCACACCUUGGACCUCAAGACCGGCGACGCCACCGUUGAGUACAAUGUAUUCAUCAUGCACUAGUCUCGGCCCUGCUCAAAUUGUACCCAGAGUU